CAGUUGAGGUGGGAGGCCGAGGUCGUCGAAUACGUGCAGUGCCUAUGGGAAAAGAGUCGACCUCGAUCAAAGAAAAUCGAGCCUACACAUAAGUUAGGCCUCAAUAUCCCAUUGCUCGGGCCUCGAUUCGUGCCCCCGUCUUACAUACAUAUUCAAAAGCGCUCGGGACUCGGACAUCAAGACAUAGAGCCAGUAACACAGUACAUCAAACCCUUCAAUGUCAUUCACCCGUUCUACUACCCACAGCUUGCCACCUGUCCUCGAUGUGGCUCUGACAAGGAGACCACCUGGGAAGGGUGGACAAGCACGGGGCCGCGCGAACUCCAUGGUCUUAUCUGCGAAGAGACAGCACUCGGCGCCCAACUCCGAUGCAAUACAUGCAAGGAAUCAACAAAGAUGAAGAAGGCAACCGACAAGAACAUACCUGGAGAUGCCGAAGAUGUCCAAGCGCAUCAACCAGCCAACUUGGAGGGCUACUGUUUUGCAACGACGAGUGCUGCAUACUGGAGUUCAUGGGAGCACUGGCAGAUUCCUCGCAACAUCCCAAUCUUUUUCUAUCGCUGUGCCCUAACGCGUGAUCUCUUCGACUUGCUGGUGGAGAUGCGCCCGUCAACAACCUCUGCAGGGCUGGAAGAAAGAGUCAGACAGCUCCACCUGUUGGAACACAAGCGGCGAAUGCUUGAAUACCUUGAAGUCGCCAGCGACCCGCUUGCAUAUGCUGACAAAUCGAUUUCGGGUGAGAUUAUCACAGAAGUCUUCCUAGACUUCUGCGCACGCACAAGGCAAAAGGAGAGUGGAGAAUACCUGAAGACUUUAUCAGCCAUAUGCGGCUCACUCGACAACACGUUCAAAGCAGCAAGUAAGGCCACACUUACCGACAAGGACCGCCAGAAGUCUAGGGAGCUGAAAGGCGGGAUAUUGAGUGUUUUGAAUGAGGACAAUCAGAUCAUUUCAUGGACGCGCACGAACGCAGAGAUAACUGAACUCCUUCAAGGUCUUAAGCACCGCCACGACAUUCUAAACGUCCCC